ACCAUAAAACUCGUGAAUUGGUCAAUUACGUUAUACCGCACCCAGCGAGCAGACAUUGAGGACUUCAGUUUGCAGUCAAGAAGUGUGUAAAAUAUCUUGGAAAAUCGAUAUGGGAGGUGGGGAAAGCAAGCCAACGAUUAUACAUGAAACAAUUGACAGAACUGAUCCUCGUGCUGCAGAGAAAGGACGACAAAAAGCCGCGGAGGAAAAUGCUAAAUUGGUUCGAGAUCUUGAAGAACAGCUCCGUCAGCAGCAGGCUGACAAAAUGGCAGAUGCCAUGGAUAGAGUAAGAGCGCAAAAUUUACAAGACGAAAAUGCGCGCGAAGCAGAAAAAAGAAGGCGUGAAGAGGAAGAAAGGAAAAGAAAAAUAGAUGAAAAGUUGACGCAAGAUAGGUUGCUGUGCGAAAAGUUGAAAGGGGAACUUUUGAACUACACGUUUGGUAGUAAACUUACAACCAAGGCAUUUGAUGCAGAAGGCAUUGACUACAGUGACAUGAGUCGCGUUCUUGUGGCCUUGUUUGGUCCAACAGGGUCAGGAAAAACAAGUUUUAUUGGUACACUGGAAAGAACUCUGUUAGGGAAAGACAAGCAAACAGCAUAUGAGCAAGGCAGCGGCGGUGAGGGGACAGUCAUCCUACAAGAAUUCUUGCCAAGUUUGAAYGUAAAUCUUCUGGAUACUCGAGGCUUUUGGAAUGUUGACGACAAUACCUUACAAGAGUUGCUGAACAUCAUGACGGGAAGGACAAGAGGAGGUGAAGUAGUGGCUAGAAAUGAAGACGGCGAACAAAUGGAAGUAGAAACUGGUGAUUCGACAAGCUGGAGGAUGGCAAAAUUCAGCGACCGCGUGCAUGCUGUCGUAUUUGUAGUGCAGGCUCAUGACAAACGGCUGAAAGAAGGAACGUAUUUAAAGAGAAUGCAGAAAAUUCGUGAUCACUUUAGAUUUCAAGGCCACAGUCCAAUCACCGUGAUCACAUGUGAAGACGAGCUAAAAAAUGACAACGACCGCGAAACUGCAUUCAGAGAAGCGUCAGCCGCCACAGGAAGUCCAAUCGACAGAACCUUCUUCAUUGCCAACUAUACCAAGGAUAAAAGCGAUUAUUCCCUGGAUACAGAGAAGAAAGCAGUCGACAUCAUGGAUACUGUGUUGCUUUCUGCUGAAAGAUUCGUCAAAAUCCAAAAGCUCCGUGAAAGGCACCAUGGGAAYGUUGAAAGCAAUACUGUUCAAGAAUUCUUCAAGCAAAACCAGGCUAUUUAUAAAUGGAAUCCAGAGCGAGUUGCCUCUAUCCUCCAACAYCUGGAAGAGKAAGGGAUUGCCACAGUUGAGUCUCUGAAAGAAAGCUGGAAUGAUGUGAAAAAAGAGGUGAAGAUGACCAUUGGAAUACGUACUGGAAUCGAGGAAGCCUUGAAGAAAAUCUAAAAGACUUGGAUAUUACAUGAUAAUACUAAGCUAUCUAGUCAAAAAUAUUGUGGGAAAAAACUUGUCAAUUAUACAAAKAUUGUCCUGAAAGUUCCGGGAGGAAUCGUUWUUAUGAGCGAUUUAUUGUAGAGUCAGAUUUAUAUUAUGUGUUUAUCUUAGUGCUUAGUUGUUCAUGUUGGUUUUAUUGACCAACAAACUUUCCGAUAAAUAUUAAAACACAUAGAAUGGUA